CCCUCCCGGGAUCCCGGGAUUCCCCGCCCCGCAGCCGGGGUCGCUACCCGGCCUGCCGGUGGGAGCAGCGCGGAGCCGCCCGGAGCCGGCGUGUCCGGCGGUGCAAGCGAGGGUCCAUGCUUGUCAUUCUCAAUGGAGAGUGAAAGCACAGAUUCAUAAUGAAAACCAGCCCCCGUCGGCCAUUGAUUCUCAAAAGACGGAAGCUGCCCCUUCCUGUUCAGAAUGCCCCAGGUGACACAUCAGAAGAGGAGCCUAAGAGGCACCCUGCCCAACAAGAGCCUGCUCAACCGCAGGCCUCCAAGGAGGUGGCCGAGUCCAACCCCUGCAAGUUUCCAGCCGGGAUCAAGAUGAUUAACCACCCGACCAUGCCCAACACGCAAGUGGUGGCCGUGCCCAAGAAUGCCAAUGUCCAGAGCAUCAUCACAGCGCUGACUGCCAAAGGAAAGGAGAGUGGCAGCAGUGGGCCCAAUAAAUUCAUCCUCAUCAGCUGCGGCGGAGCCCCCACUCGCCCUCCAGGACCCCAGCCUCAAGGCCAAGCCAGCAAUGAUCCCAAGAGGACAGAAGUGAUCACCGAGGCCCUGGGACCAAAGUCUGCAUCCAAGGACGUGAAUCUUCCUAGACCAGCUGGAGCCCUUCCCGGGCAGAGAUGGGAGAACUGUGCUGGCGGCGAGGCAGCCGGCUGCACGCUAGACAACAGCUUGACAAACAUCCAGUGGCUUGGAAAGAUGACCUCCGAUGGGCUGGGCUCCUGCAGCAUCAAGCAAGAGGCAGAGGAGAAGGAGAAUCGUCACCUGGAGCGGAGUCAGGCUAAGAACGCUCAGGUUGAGGGGCCCCUGGGAGCAUCGGCAACCUGGCCGGACUCCGUGUCUGAGCGGCCACCCUACUCUUACAUGGCCAUGAUACAGUUUGCCAUCAACAGUACGGAGAGGAAGCGCAUGACCCUGAAAGACAUCUACACUUGGAUCGAGGACCACUUCCCCUACUUCAAGCACAUCGCCAAGCCAGGCUGGAAGGUACCGUGUCCUGUAACAGCCACAGUCAAGAAUUCCAUCCGCCACAACCUCUCCCUCCACGACAUGUUUGUCCGCGAGACGUCAGCCAACGGCAAGGUCUCCUUCUGGACCAUCCACCCCAGUGCCAAUCGCUACUUGACGCUGGACCAGGUGUUUAAGCCACUGGACCCAGGGUCUCCACAAUCGCCCGAGCACUUGGAAUCACAGCAGAAACGACCCAACCCUGAGCUCCGCCGGAACGUGGCCAUCAAAACCGAACUCCCCCUGGGUGCACGGCGGAAGAUGAAGCCUCUGCUGCCGCGGGUCAGCUCGUACCUGGUGCCCAUCCAGUUCCCAGUGAACCAGUCCCUGGUGCUGCAGCCCUCGGUCAAGGUGCCGUUGCCCCUGGCAGCCUCACUCAUGAGCUCAGAGCUCGCCCGCCACAGCAAGCGAGUCCGCAUCGCCCCCAAGGUGCUGCUCGCGGACGAGGGCGUCGCCCCUCUGCCCACGGCAGGACCAGUGAAAGAGGAGAAGCUCCUCCUUGGAGAAGGGCUGUCUCCUCUGCUUCCAGUCCAGUCCAUCAAGGAGGAAGAAGUGCAGCCUGGGGAGGAAACGCCACACUUAGGGAGACCCAUCAAAGUCGAGAGCCCGCCCCUGGAAGAGUGGCCCUCGCCCUGCCCAUCUGUCAAGGAGGAAUCGUCCCCCUCCUGGGAGGAUUCGUCCCACUCCCCCAUCCCCAGGCCCAAGAAGUCCUACAGCGGGCCCAAGUCCCCAGCCCGCUGCGUCUCUGACCUGCUUGUCAUCAAACGCAGGGAGAGGAGGGAGAUGAGCCGGUCUCGAAGGAAACAGCACCUCCUGCCCCCCUGUCUGGAGGAGCCGGAGCUGCUCUUCUCCGAGGGCCCCGGGACUUCCCGUCGAGCCACAGCAGGGUCCUCGCAGCCUGCCUCCCAGCUUGGCUCCUCCCAGGAGGAGGGCGGGCCUUUCAAGACACCCAUCAAGGAGAUGCUGCCCAUCUCCUCCACCCCGAGCAAAUCUGCCCUCUCCGUGACCCCCGAAUCCUGGAGGCUCACACCCCCGGCCAAAGUUGGGGGGCUCGAUUUCAGCCCCGUACGAACCCCCCAGGGUGCCUUUGGGCCCCUGCCGGACUCGCUGGAGCUGGCGGAUCUCAGCGCCACCCCGCUGAAAAGCGUCCCCCUCUUUGACUCCCCCCGAGAGCUCCUCAAUUCCGAGCCCUUUGACAUCACUGCUGACCCCUUCAGCGGCUGUCCCUCCUCAGAUAUGGAGGUCCCCAAGCCAGGCUCCUCCGAGCCGCAGGUUGCCGGCCUCUCGGCCAACCGUUCUCUAACAGAAGGCUUGGUCCUGGACACGAUGAAUGACAGCCUCAGCAAGAUACUGCUGGACAUCAGCUUCCCCGGCCUGGAGGAGGACCUGCUGGGCUCCGACGACGUCGGCUGGGCUCAGUUCAUCCCCGAGCUGCGGUAGAGACAGGACCGCACCGCUCAAGCCGGCGGCUCUCCGGGCGCUCUGCGCCAGGACAGCAGGCGGGGGCCGUCUGCUCCUCCAGCCCACCUGGCCUGGCGUCACGCCAGAGCCGCCACUGGGCCUUCUGCAAGCCGCGAGGUCCUGGUGACCAGUCUCCGUGCCACCCACUCCCCAAGAGAAUCUGAUUCCUCCCUCCCUACUAGGAGCUGCGGGUGGGAACAGCAAAAACAAGGGUGAAAAGAGAUGAGGAGCCCCCCCCCGCCCCCGACUGUUUGUGCCUGUGCCCAGCCACCCCCCACCUUCCCUGCUGCGGGCAGGGUGGCCCUUGUAAAUGGUGUAUAUGUUCCUAAUUAUCCUCUAAUUAUAAACGUAAACCUAUCUCCUUAGAUCAUUAUCUAGAGACUGCCAGAAGGGGGUCACGAUAACCAGGAGGUUCAGUUCGCUUCUGUUACUUGCUUUUGGUUCCUGCAGUAGGAAGGGCUGCAGUGCACAGUUCCUCCCAGGUCCCUCCCUCAAGGGUUCCUCACUGUAGGUGCCCCGAUACGCCAGUCAGCCUGCCAGGAUCCCUCCUACUGCCACUGCCUCCCACCUGCCCACGUUUCCAAGUCAGCUUUCCUGCAAAAAGAAAUGCUGGUGAAAGGGUCUCUUAUUAUGGGUCAAGAGUGGGGCGGGGGCAGGGAGGCACCUGGAGCAGAGUGGGUGCCCAGAUGUGCCCGAGAGACGUUUCUCUGAUAAGGUCCCUGAUCAUGCCAGAGAGACGAGUUAGGAGGCGGAGGCCGGCUGGCCUGUCUGCCUGCCUGUCUGCGCUGGUGCCGCAGCUUUGCAGAGAACCCAGCUUUGCAGAGAGCCGCCCUGGGCCCCAGCUGACCGCGUGCACAGCCCCCAGCUCCAAAACACUACUGUAACUACCUACUCAAUAAAGCCCAGGGGCACAUGCUGGUCUGUGGCGCGCUGGUGUCUGGUCCCUACGGUGUGAGGGGGCUUGGGAAGGAAAGUGGGUGACGAUGAAAAUGGUGGUGACAGGGAAGAUGCAAGGCUUGAAGCCAACACGGAGCCCUGGAAGGAGAGUGCAAAGGGCUGUGGCCCGUCACCUCCCUCCUCCGC